UACGUACGCUGAACGCAGAGUGGCAGGACGGUGGGGUAUCCUCUGGUUUCUUGCGCGAUAGUUGCCACAUUUGCUCUAUGUAUAUGCCUUGUCGCUGUGUAAACUUUUUUCAGCAAAGGUAGGACGUCGGGAAAGCAGAAAACGUUUAAGUAAAACUGUCCACUCACAUAUUUCGAAAGGUGUACCAUACGGGCUGUGCGGCGCUCUUGGGCUUGCAAGAGCCAACUGCACCUUUUAUCCAGCAACUUCAUCUGGUUACGCUAAUGAACUGAAUUGACUGCACAGCUUGAAACUUAGUUUUGGGGUUUUUUGUUUUUUAACCAAUAGGUGAUUUUAAAGGUUUUUUUACAACUUGCCUAAAGUGAGUUAAUAGCAUAUUGCAAUGCUAACAGUGAAGGUGUAAUUACACUUGCAACAUGGCUGCUACUCGAACGGCAGAGGGAAAAGUUUAACACUGACGUGGGAGAAGUUUAACGUCAGUGCGACUUGGUAUGCGAGUUGUUGUCCACAUAAUAAAGUCGUAAGCAGUCGCCCUGUAGUCCGGCAACAGUAUCCCCCCGGACUCUCAAACCAGUGGCUUAACCGAGAGAGAGACGCCUCCUCCUCCUCCUCUUCGUCGUCGUCCUCCUCCUCCGUAGUCACCGACGUUAGUCACUGCAGUGGACUUUGUGGGGAAACUGUGGUGUCUUCCUCUCCAUCGCAGACUGUGGUGGCGUUAAAGAACUUAUCAUCUGGGAGCUGCUUGUGUUUCGAGCUAAGAUGCAUUUUUCCAUACCCGACACAGAGGUUCGUUCGGGAGAAAACGGUUCGACCUACGUGGCCUACAACAUCCAUGUCAAUGGUGUGCUGCACUGUCGGGUACGCUAUAGCCAACUUCUUGGCCUCCAUGAACAGAUAAAGAAAGAAUAUGGAAGCAAUGUGGUGCCUGCCUUCCCCCCAAAGAAGAUCUUCACACUGACCCCUGCUGAGGUCGAACAGAGAAGAGAACAGCUGGAGAAAUACAUGCAAGCUAUCCGUCAGGAUCCCUUGCUUGGAGCCAGCGAGUCGUUCAACAGUUUCUUAAGGAAGGCGCAACAGGAGACCCAGCAGAUCCCCACAGAAGAGGUUGCAAUAGAAAUCUGCCUCUGUAAUGGCCAGAAGGUCACAGUCAACAUUCUCACAUCAUAUAAGACGGAAGAUGUGCUUGAUGCUGUUGCAACAAAGCUUGACCUCCCAGAUGACCUUGUUGGUUACUUCAGUCUUUUCCUGGUUCGUGAAGGUGUGGAUGGAAGUUUAUCGUUUGUGCGGAAGUUGCAAGAAUUUGAGCUGCCCUAUGUAUCCAUUACCAGCUCGCGGAGCUCAGAAUUUCACAUAGUCUUACGGAAAAGCUACUGGGACAUGGCAUAUGAUAGUGAUGUAAUGGAAAACCGAGUUGGCCUGAAUUUGCUUUACGCUCAGACAGUAUCUGACAUUGAGCGAGGCUGGAUACUCGUCAACAAAGACCAGCACAGGCAGCUCAAAUCGUUGCAGGAGAAAGGCUCCAAGAAAGAAUUCAUCCAUCUAGGCCAGACUCUCAAAUAUUAUGGCUAUAUUAAGUUUGACCCUUGUGUCACUGACUUCCCCGAGAAGGGCUGCCAAGUCAUCGUCAGCGCCGGAAACAAUGAGCUCAACUUCCAUGUCAAGCUGCCUAAUGAACAGAUGAAAGAAGGGAGCUUCAAAGUUACUCGCAUGAGGUGCUGGCGAAUCACAUCUUCUCAAGUUCCAAUUGCCAACGGUACAACCAAUCCCUGCAGCUCGGGUCAAUUUGAGAUCAAACUAGAGCUCUCCUUUGAGUACCUGAUGAGCAAGGACCGCCUCCAGUGGGUCACCAUCACCAGCGACCAGGCUAUCAUGAUGAGUAUCUGCCUCCAGUCUAUGGUGGAUGAAUUAAUGGUAAAGAAGUCCGGUGGCAGCAUAAAAAAGAUGCUGAGGAAACGACACAAUGGCUCCAUCCACCGGUCUGACAGUCAGCAAGCUGUGAAAUCUUCCCCUCUACUGGACUCCCCUGAUGCAAACCGUGAACAAAUUGUCAAACUCUCAACCAAGCUGACCUCGGUGUCUCUCAGAGGGAUCAGCGCCUCCAACUCGGCAAACAACAUCAGCAACUAUGCUUUUGAGGGAAUUGGGGACGAUGACCUGUAACCCACAAUUCCCUUCCUCCCCUUCUCAUUCCACUGUUAACGACAAAGAUUACAAGCUGAGCUGAGCCGAGCCGAGCGGUCCACGCAGGCGUCUGAUUCUGCAAGAUUGUAGCUUCUUCCGGGAGAAUUUGCUGCCUUAAGCUCUCAUUUAAUCUUUGACGGUGACCUUUCAUGUUUUAGACUCUGAAGGGUAAUCUUGAUUUGCAUUUUAGUUACAAUCAUCAUAUCAUCCAGCUCUCUUAUUGAACUUAUCACGUCAUUAACGUACGUUAUUCGAAGAUCCUGGAUUCUUCCCUGACUGGCUGCAUGUCUGUUUCCAACCAGAGAGCCAACUGUUUGGUUAGACCCGGCACUAGAGAAGAUACAGCAGAACUGGACGCAAUUGUUCUGGAAGUGACCAGGCAUAUUUCUGAGAAUGUUCUCUUUAACUCAAAAUGUAGAAUAUUUAGAGCAACUGCUUAGCUGCGUGACGAUCAAUGUUCGGCUUUGCUAUAUACCAAAAUGCUUCCUCUGAUGUCAGUGGUCCUCUUGUGCGUCAUGCUACAUGUGUGCCAAGUUAACAGAGAUCAUCAGCAGGGGUUCAUUUUAUAUUAGACAUUAGAGUCACUUGUAUUCAGAUGUAGUUCGAGGCCUUAACUUGCUUUUUUUUUUUUUAAGUAUAUAGUUUCUGGGGUCACCUUCUCACGUGGGUUGAAACUAAAGAGAUGUUAACUAGAAUCUUGCAGAAUUUAAUGGAUGGUUGAUUUGGUUGAGCUGCUUGCACUUGCUGAACCCAUCGUUUUUGCACAGUAUAACCGGUGGAGAUGAAUGUUUGAGCAUGAAUUUUUAAACGUGCGUAGACUCUUAUCCUGGGGGGCUCUGUAAAUCCAUCUGAUUUUUUUUUAACAAUUUUUUUUAAAGGUU